CAGUUCUUCUUGUUCCGCCUUCAAACUCCGACUCCAUGUUAUCACAGGAGGAGCUCCUUCCGUGACAGGCAGUUGGCUAUUUUGUCUUCUGUAAUUUUCUCAUUGCAUCAGAUCUGAUAUAAAAAUUUGAAUAGUGUGUGUGAUAUCGCGAUGUAGAAAGUUGUCUGUCAAUAAAUCUUGGUGUUGGCCACUUAAACCAAUCGAUCGAAACGAAAGUGGUGCAGAGAAUUGCAUAGGCAAAACGCUGAGGAGAAAAAUAGUGUCCGAAUAGUGUUACUUACCCGAGGAGUUCUAAUCUCAAUGUGAAGACUAUUAAUUCGAAACAGAUGCUGAUAUUAGUUUUCCUCGGGAUGUUCUGCCUCUCCGCAGCUGACAAGGAGAACCCGAUUCCUGUAAGUGACACGGGGGAGGGCACGCGCUGUGACGCGGACCUAAACAUCGCGCAGACGUGCAUCGCCUGCUCUAGACUUCCUCAAAUUAUUGCUGUAAAAUUAACAGACUGUUGCAGUGAGGACAAAGCUUUUCAAUUUUGUCAAAUCUGCACAAAGAAUAGCGACGACUGUUUAAAGGAAGCGUUCAGUAUCAACAAUCUAGAGAAAGGGGUUGUUCUGGACGGCUACAGUGACGUCGAAGACGUUCCGCCGGAAGCUAUUGCAGAUAAUGAUAUGAACAAGAGGUUCGGAACGCUGUCGAUGGGAGGAUCGAGCGGUUAUCUCUACGGAAAGCGGGACCUCGAUAAAAGAUAUGGACGGCUGGGUUUUGGAGGAUCGCGGGGAUUUAUUUACGGAAAGCGCAGUGACGACAAGCGCUUCAGCCGUCUUGGAAUUAGUGGAUCAAGCGGGUACUUCUUUGGGAAAAGAGACAUGGGUGUGGACAAGAGGUAUAAAAGUUUGGGAAUGGGAGGAUCCACCGGCUUCUUCUACGGCAAGAGAAGCGAUGACGAGAAGCGGUUUGGGACCCUUGGUCUCGGUGGAUCCAGCGGUUACCUGUAUGGAAAACGAGACAGCGACAAAGAAAAGCGCUUCUGGAGGCUAGGGAUCAAAGGUUCCAAUGGAUAUUUGUAUGGAGGAAAGAGGAAGCGUUUCGGACAACUUGGAAUGGAUUCUUCCAGUGGGUACUUCUACGGCAAACGCUGAAGCUCGAUCACGACAUGCAAUGACACGGUGUAAUAUUUAUACGUUUUGAAAUGAUGUUAGAUGUUUUCAUCUUGACAAUCAGACUUUUGUUGUUUCAUGUGAUGUAUCUAUGAGAAAUUUCUUCGUAACGGUAUUUGUAUUGUUCAUUUUAUCAGUUUGUUUGUAUUUGUUUCCAAGAGAAACUUUUAGUGUCGCAAAUUCUUGUACUGUAUUUUCUUAUCAGGAAUUUAAAAAAUAAAGAUCACAAUGUUUA